GGAGAUGCGCAGCCGACGAUUGAUGAUAUUUGUCAGUUGCACUCCAGGCGCCGGAGGGUGAGGAGCGGUGCGCAAAUAAUUCCGCGAUUGUCUGUGUGGUGAAUUGGUGACGUGUUCCGACUACUGCGAGUGCUAGUGAGCAGUGGUGGGGAUUUUAUUUCCGGACCGAUGGUUCAUUCAUUGCGUGUGAUGAUGCUCCGUCGCGAUCGCGUCGCCUGCUGGUGCUCGCGCGUGACGCCGCUCGUGGUCGCCGUCAUUAUCUACGUCAGCAUGCUCUUCACCGUGGUGUGGGCGGUGCUGGCAGUGAGGCACAUCACGGACCCGGGUCUCACCGAGGAGCACUACUGUCUCCAGAAUCAGUUCAAGAAGCGGCGCCUCGGCCGGGAGGACGUGGUCGACGCCUCGCCCACUGUCUGCCGCUCGACCAUCAUCCUCGACUACACGGUCGAGCAGCUGGAGGUGCCGCUGUGGGCCUCCUACGUGGCGCAGGCGGCGGCGGGCGCUGGCCUGGCGGUGGCCACGCCGCCGGCGCUGGUCGGCCUGCUGCUGGGCCGCCGCUGGCCGCUGCUGGUCUGGGCGGCCGCCGACGCCGUCUGGUGCGCCGCGCUGGUCGGCUCCGCCGCGGCGCUGGCCCCGUUCGGGUUCCCCACCUUCGUGCCCAUGCUGGUCGGCUCGGCGGCGGCCUUUCUGCCGGUCGGGGGCCUGGUGCUCUACUGGGGGCUGAAGAAACCCGCGCAGGGCUCGAACGGAUUCGAGAUCAUCGAUGAAGACGAAGAGAAAGGAAGCCCAGAAGGAGAGUCGAACCAGCUGACCUCGGAGAAGAUGGACGGGUGCGCUCAGACAGGUGCCAACAAGUGGACCGAGGUCUGAACAGAACCUUUGACAAAAGAGACGCCACUGGACAGGCUCGUGAAAUGUGUACCCGGGACCGACUCAGGUAGAGUCGAGCUACUUUGUCUUUCGCUGGAAAUGUGUAAAAUAUUAUCAAAUGUUUGACCAAAUGUGUAAAGCUGUUUGUAAAUGUGCUUUGUUGUCAACGGUGUAUGGACCAUAGGCGCGGGAACUACUUUCAGACUGGGGGGGCACACCAUAAUGGAGAUCAACCUAGGGUACCCCCAAAUCUAGUUUUCUCACCGGUUUUAGGCCACUUAUUU